AUGGACACAGAGGAUGGACAGGUUUUCAUAAGAAACUUGGCGUACUUUGUACGGACGCAUGAGAAAGCGCUUGCAAAUGCUCUGCAGUUGCAGCGUCAAUCUCCCAAACAUGGCCAAAGCAAUCCAAUCUCUCCCUCCUCGCCCACGGCGCCCUCGAGCCCCCCGCCCUCCUCCUCUUCCAGUGUCUGGGCUGCAGCGCUCUCGCUGCCUUCCUUGACCUUCACCUCGCCCACGAUCAAGCCCGCGAAGUUGACUUUGACCCCGCACCACCUGUUCUACCUACUCUCGCGCUUCGAGGACACUUCUAUCCCCGUCGGGCCCAUGAACGUUCGGCUCGAGAACAUUCACACCGAUGCCUCGCCUACCAACUACGUAUCGUUCCUCAGCAACACGCAGCGCCACAGGACCAAGAACUCGGACGGCAAUUCGAUCCACUCGGUUUCGAGUGUGCGCAGUGUCAUGUCGGGCAUGUCAUCCCUGUGGUCAAGCCUGCGGAUUGGAUCCAACAGUGUGGCCAAAGCUGAGAAGCAGAAGGCAUUGCUCCAGGAGGAUCUGAGAUACUUGUACUCCGCGUUCACCAAGAUCCCGUGUUUACGACUGGCUCCAGAUCACAAAGCUCGCCUGAUUGCGGGCUACGAAGAGUUUCCUUUCGACACCGCCGUGCCUUUGUUUGCCUUCAAAAACGUGACAGCUCUCGAGAUCUACGACGUCGACUUCCGCCAGUUCUAUGGAUGGGACCGACUUGCUGAAAAUCUCCGCAGCCUGACUGUCAAGCGAGCAGGUGUCGACGACCCGGCUGAUCUUCUUAUCAAUAUCGUCUUGGACGACAUUGACAAGCGCCGCAGACGAUCUGCGAAAGCACCUCAUUCACCAUCGGUACCUUGGCCUACGGCAAGUCCUACCUCGAAACACGCGAACCUAGCAAGAUCCGAAGACUCCCCACCAUCUUCACCGAAUGCUCCCAGCAGACAAGGUUCGAGUCCCCGUAGCUCUGAUGCUACGCGACACUACACUGGCAAAACCCCUGCGGCUCAGCGCCAGCGAAGCUCGUCUCCAUCUCGGCCCACCAGCUCGCGACACGGCUCCAGCCACACUCAUGGAAGGAGCAGUGCGCCGAAUUACCGGCGCUCCUCUGGAAGCUCCGCAUCGAGCGUGCGAUCAAACACACCUAGGGGAAGUUCGUCCAAUCUUCUCUCCUUGGGCUGGUUACCUUCGACGAAAUGGCGGUUUCUGAGACAUUUAAGUCUAGCUGACAAUGCGCUCACCAACAUAUCUUCAAACAGUCUUGCGCCGCUUACGAACACUCUGCAGUCACUCGACCUGUCCGCCAACCUCUUCAGCGAGAUACCAGAUAGUUUGGCCACGCUGACUUGCCUGCGUGCUCUCAACCUCUCCAACUGCAUGAUUGAGGGCUUGCAGUCCCUGGGCCGUAAUCCGUUACCUGCAAUCACAACUCUGAAUCUUCGUUCCAAUCGUUUGUCUUCUUUGGCCGGCAUCGAGCGUCUGUUGUCUUUGGAGCGAGUCGACCUCAGAGAUAACAACUUGACGGAUCCUACCGAACUCGCACGUCUCACUGUCAUACCUGAUAUUACCGAGAUCUACGUCCACCGUAACCCAUUCUGCAAGUCGUACCCUAAUUACCGAAUUACUAUUUUCAACCUAUUUCGCAGAACACCUGGCUACACCGAGGAUGUCAUCAUUGAUUCCACAGGACCUAGCAAUGCUGAGAGAAAACAACUCGUUGAUCGAGCGCCAGAGUUGCCAGGAGUUCCUGUUGUCAAGCCGCCUGCCGAAGAUGACUCACCCCCGCCACAUGUGCCGCCCAAGGUCGUUAAAGCUAUUGAUUCUACAUCGGAUGGACAUGAUGGGCUCAGGCGUUCCGGCUCGCUGCAACGCCAGAAGAGUGCACGAAGUUCGCAAGUUGCACAAGGUUCUCAACGGAAGAAGAAAGGGCCCAAGCGAAGGAUAGUCGAAUUGUCCCAGACCGAGGCGAUGCAGCAGUCCGCUGCAUCUGGCCUCACUGCAUUUUCUUACGAAGAUACGUCAGCAAGAACACCGCCCAGGAUACAAAACCCCGUUGCGGACGUGUCAAUUCCGGACAAGCCUCGUUUCGAAGAACCACAAAAUGGCCAGAUCACUGGCGAUCCCAUGAAGAAGGCCUCACAGGACGAGCGAGUCGUCAUUGACACUACCCACACAACGCACCAGCAACUGCCGCCCAUCGAUACUACCACUGACAGCAAGGCGCCACAGCUUCCCGAGCAGGAGUUCGAUAUGAGCAACGAUCUGUACAAGAAGAAGAUCGAAGCACUGCGACAAGACUUCGGCAACACCUGGCUAAGUGCGCUAGGAGACGAAAACUGGGACUCGGCGGCUUCGGAUCUCUCUCCAGAGCGAGGGUGCAGCUCGCCUACCAUACGACCAGCACAACCGCGGAUGCCCAGCCAAGGGAUUGUCUCGGGAGGUCGUACACUUGGGUGA